CUGCCAGUAAAUGCAGGUGCUCCCAGCCUCGCUCUCUGCUGCUACAAAGCAAAUUAAAACGAAAACCAUGUUUCUGGUCUACAAACAUUGCACUGUUGUCCUGGCCAUGCUCUCGACGUUGGAGUUUUCCAGCUGCCUUCCCUUGAGCGAAGAUUCUAUUUGUACUGCGGAGGAACUUGCUAAGUAUAGCAUCGUCUUCACAGGGAAGUGGAGCCAGGCUUUAUUCCCUAAGCAAUAUCCCCUUUACAGGCCUCCUGCUCAGUGGUCAUCCUUGCUAGGAGUCACUCACAGCUCCGACUACCACAUGUGGAAAAAACUGGAGCCCGUCAGCAAUGGAGUGAGGGACUUUGUAGAAAAAGGUGAAGCGUGGCCACUAAUGAAAGAAAUAGAAGCAGCUGGGGAAAAAAUUCAAAGUGUGCACGGAAUCUUUUCUACAGGUUCAAUGUCUAGUGGCACAGGGCAGGCCUCUACUGAGUUUGAGGCACAUUCAAGGCACCCCUUUGUCUCCUUCAUGGUGAGAAUUGUGCCAAGCCCUGAUUGGUUUGUUGGCGUUGACACUUUAAACCUUUGUGAAGGGAAGCACUGGAAACAAACCGCUACGCUGGAACUUCAUCCAUAUGAUGCCGGAACAGAUAGUGGAUUUACAUUUUCAUCACCAAAUUUUGCUACUAUACCACAGGGCACUGUCACUGAGGUUACAGCUUCAUCACCAAGUCAUCCCGCAAACUCAUUUUAUUAUCCCAGACUAAAGAACCUGCCGUCCAUCGCCAAAGUUGUGUUCACUAAAGUGAAAGGAAGGCUGUCAUCAUUUCUCGAUAUCGUUUCCAAUGUCACUACAACAGGAAAUGAAAUCGAUGAACAUAUCUCAGAAACACCACUGGACUGCGAGGUCUCUGUAUGGUCAUCCUGGGGUCUCUGUAGAGGCAGCUGUGGGAACGCUGGAGUGAAAAGUAGAACAAGAUACAUUCGUCUGAAACCUGCUAACAAUGGAACUGCAUGCCCGACCCUCAAUGAAGAUAAAGAAUGUGAACCAGAAAACUGUGUAUAGAACAAACAAAUGACUGGGCUAGAUAACUUAUUUUUAGGAAUGCACCGAAACAGGGGCGUAACUAUAGAGGAAGCAGACCCUGCGGUUGCAGGGGGGCCUAGGAGUGUAGGGGGCCCAGUGAGACCCUAAUUAAUUAGCAAUAUUAAUAUAUCUUGGUAAAAUAGGCCAACUUAUAAAUAUUUUGGGGCCCGCAAUUGAAUUUGCUAUGGGGCCUAGUAACAACUAGUUACACCACUGCACCGAAAUCCAGGAUUUUGUUUGGGAUUCGGGCAGGAUUUGGAUUCGGCCGAAUACUUCUGCCCGACCGUACUGAAUCCUAAUUUGCAUAUGCAAAAUAGGGACAGUAAGGGAAAUCGAGUGAUUUGUUGUCACAAAACAAGGAAGUAAAAAAUAUUUUUUCCCUUCCCACCCCUAAUUUGCAUAUGCAAAUUAGGAUUUGGAUCGGUGUUCGGCUGAAUCUUUCACGAAGGAUUCAGAGGUUCUGCCAAAUCCAAAAUAGUGUUAGAAGUAUGGUACGAUUACUUUUGUAAAUAACCGUUUAGGACAAUAUAUGAGAUAUUUUAUCUAAACUGACAGUUUGGAUAAAUAUUCACUUAGAAAAUGAAUUUAUCCUCAGGCCGGUGCAAUGUGGUCAGUUUUGAUUCCAAAUUCCAAGUUUUAUUUUGUAUUCCUUUGUGGGACAAGUAACAUUUUUUUUUACACUUUACACCUAUGUUGAACGUUUUAGUGCAAAAUAAGUCAUUUUAUUACAAUGCUGUAUUUGUAUAAACAUAUUCAUGCUCACAAUAUUGGCCAAAUGUUCAAAAUAAAGAUUUUAAGGUUUUCCAAAAUGAA